AUGGAAGACAAUGCACACACAUUCCCCUCCGAAGGAAGCAUGGUUCGGGCCAUCGGCAACACACUAAAGAGAGGAGCAGCCAGCUGGUAUGUGCAACUACAUGCCAGACGCGACCCGUGCCUGAGGUCAGUACCCCGCUUCCUCGCCGCACUGGAAAACCGGUUCAGAGACCGGCUAGAGCAAUUGAGGGCUCGAGACCAGCUUAAAGGAAUAAAGCAGAGGGACAAAACGGUGCCCGAGUACGCAGAGGAAUUCCUCCAUCUCGCGGAAAGGGUGCCAGAGUGGUCUGAAGUGACCAAAGUGGAGAUAUUCAAAGAGGGACUACGCCCCGAGGUUUUCAGUUGGGCAGCGCACAGAGACGACCCAGAAACACUCCAGGGCUGGAUACAACUAGCGGGGCGCGUCGAAUCCACCCUGGCCCAAGUAAAGCGUUUCAGGGGCGGCGGCGGCCAGCAAAGACCGGUGGCGAGGGGUCGAGGAGAAACGAGGAAGCAGGAAAGGCCCGGAGGGAGGCCGGGGAUCCCCUUCAAAGGAGAUGACAACAAACCCAAGCCGGGAUGCUUUGUAUGUGGGAAGACGGGCCAUCGAGCAGCAGAAUGUUGGGCCCGGAAGGGGGAGCCGCCAAAACCCUCAAAGCCCAAGCCAGCAGCCGGGAGACGAGCGGAGGAGGAGGUGCGAGCCCCAGAAUCUCCGGAAAGGCUGAAUUGUGAUGAAAGAAGCACCGAAGAGGAGGAUGGAGAAAAAGAGGGCGCCAUGUCAUGGAACCAAGUCCCAGGGCUGAAUUUCCAAGCCCUGGACUUGGAGUCAUAACAUAAAUAAUCCUGGAAGCACCUGGCAGAAGAAGAUAGAAGAGCAUGGGAACUCGGGGUUGAAAGUAUAAACAAUUAUAAUUGGUAUAGAGUGUGGGAAUGGUAGAAAUGUGAUACAGGGGGUGGGGUUUGAUGAUGAUAUUUGCGUGUGGUGUUACGUUGCAUCAGAGGUGAUAAAAAUGAUUGUAUGUAAACAUUAGGUCAUUCUCGACUUUUUCCAAAGUCAUGUAUUCUUCAAUAAAGAUUGGAUUUGAGAGCAGCUA